AAUUAAUCCACCGAAUUGAAGAGGAAUCACAAAUUCCGGCAAUUAAAUAAGCUGUGGAGAUGAAUUCUCCAGCCUUUCGCCGGAAAAAGAUGGCGAAACAAGUGACCGGGAAGCGAGACGACACGCCUCUGCAUUCAGCCGCCAGAGCAGGCAACUUGGCGGCGGUGAAGGAGCUUCUUUCCGGCGCCGCCACUGCCGAGGCUUUGGUCGACUUACUGUGCAAGCAGAACCAGGUCGGGGAGACGCCUUUGUUCGUCACAGCGGAGUACGGCUACGUCGACGUGGUGCGCGAGAUGAUCAUGCACCACGACGCCUCCAUGGCAGGCAUCAAGGCCAAGAAUGGAUUCGACGCCCUCCACAUCGCCGCCAAGCAAGGCGAUGUUGAUGUGGUGAAGGAGCUCCUCAAUGCUCUUCCAGAGCUCUCGCUGACGGUCGACUUGUCGAACACCACCGCGCUGCACACCGCGGCAGCGCAGGGCCACAUCGAGAUGGUGAACCUCCUCUUGAAUGCCGACAAGAGUCUUGCGCUGAUCGCGAGGAGCAACGGCAAGACGGCGCUGCAUUCCGCUGCCAGAAAUGGGCACGUAGAGGUGGUGAAGGCUCUGUUAACGAAGGAAGCAGCGAUCGCCACCAGAACUGAUAAGAAAGGCCAAACUGCUCUCCACAUGGCCGUGAAGGGGACGAUCCUGGAGCUCGUGGAGGUGCUCGUCGAGUAUGAACCUUCUCUGCUUAAUUUGGUCGACACGAAGGGCAACACCGCGCUGCAUAUAGCCGCCAGGAAAGGCCGGGCUGAGAUUAUUAAGAGGUUGCUAGACUACAAAGAGGAUUUGGAGACGAAGGCCAUAAACAAGUCAGGGGAAACGGCUCUGGACACGGCGGAGAAGAUGGCGAGCUCGGAGAUCGCCGGAAUACUUCAAAAGCACGGAGUGGAGAGUGCGAGGACGCUCCGGCCGGGCGGCGGGGCGUGCACGAAUCCGGCACGUGAGCUGAAACAGACGGUGAGCGACAUCAAGCACGAGGUGCACUCGCAGCUGGAGCACACGCGGCAGACGCGGCGUCGCGUGCAGGGCAUCGCAAAGCGGCUAAACAAGCUGCACGAGGACGGCCUGAACAACGCCAUCAACUCCAAUACGGUGGUGGCGGUGCUGAUCGCCACAGUGGCCUUCGCCGGCAUCUUCACGGUGCCGGGUAACUACGUCGACUACGAGAGUCUGAGCCCCGGGCUGACGCUGGGGGAAGCCAACGUGGCGCACCAGACGCCGUUCAUGAUUUUCUUCGUCUUCGACUCGGUGUCUCUCUUCAUCUCGCUGGCGGUGGUGGUGGUGCAGACGUCGGUGGUGGUGAUCGAGAGCCAGGCGAAGAAGCAGAUGAUGUCGGUGAUCAACAAGCUGAUGUGGGUGGCGUGCGUGCUCAUCAGCAUCGCCUUCCUGGCGCUGUCGUUCAUUGUGGUGGGGCGGACCGAGCGGUGGCUGGCGGUGGCUGUCACGGUGAUGGGGUCUGUCAUACUGGCAGCCACCAUCGGGACGAUGCUCUUCUGGGUCAUAGCGCACCGGAUCGAGGCCAAGAAGCUGAGGAACAUCCGGCAGACGGCGUCGCUGAGCCGAUCGCGGUCGUGGUCAGCCUCCGGCGAGUUGCUCGGCAAAGAGUACAAGAAAAUGUACCCAAUUUAAUACAAUACAAUUACCAGUUACCUUAACGGGAGGUGUUGAGUUCGGACGAUAAUGUAAAUUAAUGAUUGAGGAACUAAUUUUAACUGAUCGAGUAGCUUAAUUCACAACUAGGGCCAUACAGUGUUUCAGCCGAUGAGAGUAAUUCUCACUUCUUUCCCAACUAAGAAGAUUAACUAGUCGCGAAGAAUUGAUGAAGCAAGCACAAA